CUAUUCAUCUUCUUCUUCUUCCGAGAUAAAUCGCCUGCGGCUUCAGUCGUCAACCGCCAAAGAACUUGAAGAGAUCAUCGUCAUUUCCUCUGUUCCGUCAUUUGACAGUUAUUAAAGCCGCCAAAACCGUCAUCAUUCAUUCAUUCAUUCAUUCAUCCAUUCAAGAUGCGAUAGUAUCAAAUCUUGCCAAUUCGCAUUCUCUCGCAUAACAGGAUGAAAUGUAUUACCCCCGCGCUCAUUUUCUGUCACUUCCUUUCUCAUAUUCUAUCCUUUCACUCCCUCGCCGCCACUCAAAUUCUUUCCAAAUCAAAACUAGAAAAGUGCGAAAAGGUCUCUGACUCCGGCGACCUCAAUUGCACAAAGAAGAUAAUCGUCAACAUGGCUGUUCCGAGCGAAUCGAGCGGAAGGGAAGCGUCGAUGGUGGCAGAGAUCGCGGAAGUGGAGGAGAACUCAACAGACAACUUUAGAGCUCUGCGAGUCCCGCCUAUUAUAACGGUUUACAAAUCGGCAUCUUACGCACUUUACCAGUUGACAUAUAUACGAGAUGUUGCUUAUAAACCUGAAGAGUUAUAUGUUAAAACACGUAAAUGUGAGCCUGAUGCUGGCGCGAAAGUAGUGAAGACAUGUGAGAGGCUUCGAGAUGAAAAUGGUCACAUUAUCCAGCACACUGAGCCAAUAUGUUGUCCUUGUGGAAACCAGCGUAGAAUUCCUUCUUCAUGUGGGGAUUUUUUCGACAAGAUGCUGAAAGGGAAGGCAAAUACUGCUCAUUGUCUCAGAUAUGCAGGUGAAUGGUUCCAUGUUUUUGGUAUUGGACAGCGGUCACUUGGAUUUAGCAUCCGGAUUGAAGUCAAAACACCACAAAGAAAGACGGAGGUGGUUGUUGGUCCUGAGAACAGAACAGUCACUUCCAGUGAUAAUUUUCUAAGAGUAAAUCUAGUAGGUGAUUAUGCUGGAUACACAAAUAUCCCUUCAUUUGAGGAUUACUAUCUUGUUGUUCCAAGACAGGGUGGACCAGGUCAACCCGACAAUCUUGGGAGAAACUUUUCUACUUGGAUGCUGCUUGAAAGAGUUAGGUUCACCUUGGAUGGCGUUGAAUGUAACAAAAUUGGUGUGGGGUACGACGCUUUCAAUGGACAGCCAAGUUUCUGCUCUUCACCAUUCUGGAGUUGCUUGCAUAAUCAGCUGUGGAACUUCCAGGAUGCUGAUAAGAACCGUAUAAGCAGGAACCAAAUACCACUUUAUCUAGUGGAAGGGAGGUUUGUAAGGAUAAAUGAGCAUCCAACUCCUGGUAGCCAUUCAUUCUCAAUUGGCAUAACUGAAGUUCUCAAUACAAACCUUUUGAUCGAACUCACUGCUGAUGACAUAGAAUAUGUCUACCAAAGGAGCCCAGGAAAAAUUAUUGACAUUGCAGUUCCAACCUUUGAAGCUCUCACUCAAUUUGGAACUGCCACAAUUACAACCAAAAAUAUUGGUGAAGUAGAAGCAUCAUACAGCCUUACGUUUAAUUGCUCUGCAGGUGUCGGUCAAAUGGAGGAGCAAUUUUUCAUAAUGAAGCCAAAAGAAACCGCAACUCGCCCAUUUAAGCUGUAUCCAACCACCGAUCAAGCUGCCAAAUAUAUCUGUUCUGCAAUUCUGAAGGACUCGGGUUUUAGUGAAGUGGAUAGAGCCGAAUGUCAAUUCACUACUAAAGCAACAAUAAUUGAUAAUGGAUCACAGAUCCCAUUUUGGGCACCUGAAACCAGUAUGAAUGGCUUCUUUGACUCAAUUAAAAGAUUAUGGAACAAAUUGUGGAGUGGUUUUGCAGAUUUCAUGACUAGUAAGAGCUGCAGAGAAAAAUGUUCGAGUUUCUUUGACAUGAGCUGCCAUAUUCAAUACAUAUGCAUCAGUUGGAUAGUGAUGUUUGGUGUAGUUUUGGCAAUAUUCCCAACAGUGAUGGUACUUGUCUGGCUUCUACAUGAAAAGGGUCAUUUUGAUCCUCUAUAUGACUGGUGGGAAGAUCAUUGUUAUGGAGAUGAUGUAAUAAGAAGAAGAAGAAAAAGACAUCAUCAUAUGAAUAAGAGGACUCAGGCUAGUCGUAAGAAUCAACAACACCGCCAUAAGGAAGGCAGACACCAACAUAUGAAGAAGAGGACCGAUAAUAAUAAUCAAGAAGGAGAAGCAGCUACUAGAAGACAUGGAAGGAAUACUGAACGAAGAGAUAUGGAUUAUGAGUAUGAACUUCACCGUGUUCAGAAACAGAAGCAGCAACACAAGCACAGACACAGACGGAAUAAGAGUAAUUCUGGUUCAGAUCAUCACCACCACCCUCCUCCUACUACUACUACUAAUAUUAAUAAUAAUGUCGAUAAAAGGAAAGACGAAGAAGUAGCAGCAGCAGUAAAUAAUCGCCGGCAUCACAUCAGGCACACAAGAAAUAAAACUUCUUCAAAACCGAAGAAAUUGUCUAUGGAAAAACACACACAGAAGCUUUAGUCAUCAAGAUUAAUAUUAGUGCUAUAUUGUUUAUUAAGGUACCUAGGUAAUGUUGUUGUUUGAAUUUAUGUUUUUAUAAUU